AUGUCCUCCGAAAUGAUAGGGAAAGAUAAAGAUCUGCAUUUGAAUGAUACAGCUACGAACACGUUGACUCAAUUGUUGAACUCAGCAGUUGCAAAUGCCGCUACAGAAACUUCUUCUGAUGACUCGCUCGAGGCUGCAGAACUUUCCAAUCCAUCAAACUCCAGAAAGAGAUACGUGUAUACAAUUGAAGACUUAAUGGCAUUACGUAAUUCACCUAGUAAUAUAAACACUCAGAUUACGGAUGCAUUACCUGAUAAGGGUUUUUGGCGGUCUAAAACAAAACCACAACUUUCGUAUAAUAAUACAAAAGAAUUCAAACAUAAGAAAGGUAAUCAUGGUAAGAAGCAUAUAAGUGAAAACUGGGAACGGAAGCCGAUUGGGUUUAAUAAAGCAAACGACUUGGAUUCGUUAUCUGAAGAUAAAAUCUCGCAAUUAUUAGGUGAAUCAGGCGAUGAAGGAGUUCCAGAGUGGGACUCAAGUAAUUUGAAUGAUGAGAUGCAAAUGGAUAUGGGACAAACAAUCGAGGAUUUUGAAAAAUGGAAGUCCCUAAUGAAAAAGGAGGAAAGACGCAAGAAAGGCCAAAAUAUUGACGCAGAGUCUUUGACUAACGAUAUCUAUACACAUGAUUCCCUUUCUGAGAUGGGUGGUAACGAGGUUGAUAGCUUCUUUUCAUUUGUGAAGCCCAAGGCAUCAGAGAAAAAUUCAAAAAGUAACACGAGUAGUGGUCAACCAACGCCUGUCGAAACUCCAGGAAAGAGUUCUCGGUUUUCAUCAUUUUUCAGCGUAACGACAUCUGAAAUACCACAUAAUAAUGCGACUCGUGGUCCGAAAAUUCCUUCUCAGCAUGAACAGUCGGCGAAUGAACUUUCUAAAUUUUUUCAGUCGAGCGGUCCUUCAAAGGUCACUAGUCCACAUUUAUCGACAGCUUCUCAAAACCAGAAUAUGCAAAAUAGACUCUCAAAUGAUUCUGUUCAUCAAGAAGAAUCUUUGCAGCAAAUGGAUUCCCCUUCUGUUAUUGAACCUCGUGUGAAGAAUUCUGCAACUAAUGAUAGUUUUUUCAUGUCAUUGUUAAACAAGAAGGACCCCAAAGAACCGAAUACUGAAGCUGUUAGUCUGAAGUCUCCAAUGGGCGUAACCAAAAAUAUCUCGACUGCGCUGAAUGCACCUCAGUCUCCUUUUCAGCAAACAAAUACACAGGCACACGCUGCCUCACAAUCUCAAAAUCCUCAUGUUCAACAUUUUGAAAGGCAUGAGCCCUCUAUGAGUCUGCAAAAGCUUCAGUCUCAAAUGCCUGGUCAUGGAAUUCCUCCUUGGAUGAACCAGUUGCGUAAUUCCAAUAUGCCAGGACCACCUCUUCCACCACAUAUGCAAUACAAUCCUCAUAUGAAUGGUCAAAUUCUUCCUCCACCUGGCACCUAUCCACCUGGAUUUAUUCCUCCAAAUAUGAUACCACCACCACCCCACUUCGCAGAUAUAUCCGCUCAAGGUAGCCCUCAACGAGUGAUACAGAACGGCGGGUUGCCCCCUAACGGACCUCAUAAUAGAAAUUCCGGUGUGCCACCAAAUGUUGCAGCAAAUGGUCGGGCUAAUUUAGCUCCAAACGUGGUGCCAAGUGGUGUAUUUCCACAAGGACAAUUUUAUGGCUUCCCUCCUGGAAUGCCCCCUCCACAUUUACAACAAUCGCAACAAGAAAAAUAA